CAUUACCAAACAAGAUGGCGCUCUCGCCGUCAGCACCUCGGACAGCUCCGACUCCACAAACCUGAGCCUUUGAUUUGCUUUGACUGGAGUCACGUGAUCGAGGGCUGAGGAUGAAGAUGAUGAUGAUGAUGACGAUAACGUGAAGAGAAAUUCAUCUGUGAAUCAAGCCGGUGGAUUGAGAGACUCUUCCUCCUCCUCCUCCUCUUCCUCGUUCCUAGUGGAGGAUGGGAGUAAGGGACGAGGAAACGUGAAGGAAACGAGAAGGAAGCAUGACGGUGGUCUGUGGUCGCUCAGGAGCAGACGUCGCUGCGUUUUUUCUCUGUGUCUCUGUGUGAUGAAGGUGAUGAAGAUGCUGCUGCUCCUCUUCCUCGUCUCCUCAGCUGUUUUCAGCCGCUGUCUCGCGCUCAGCUCUCAUUUCAGUGCAGAUGGCGCUGCACUCAGUGAGCUGUCCUGGACGUCGUCCCUGGCCACGGUGUCCGUCUCCUUCUCUGCACUCUUCACCCUCGUCUUCCUCAUGUUGGCCUGUGUCUGCUGCAGGAAGAACAAAGUCCGCUUCAAGGAGUUUAAGAACGUGGACGGCGAUGACUUCCACGGCGACACACGCCUGGCAUCGCCGGCGUCGCAGGGCAGCCCCGACGUCUACAUCCUGCCCCUCACUGAGGUGUCCCUGCCGGUCGCUAAGCAACCAGUUCGAGCAGUUCAACUCCUGAAGUCAACAGAAAUCUGUCGUCACAAUCUGCUUUACCUGAGAGACAUCGGCACAGGCUGGUUUGGGAAGGUCCUGCUCGGGGAGGUGAACACGGGCGUCAGCGUCACUGAGGUCGUGGUGAAGGAGCUGAAGUCGAGCGCGAGCGUCCAGGACAAGAUGCACUUCCUGGAGGAGGCACGGCCUCAUCGUGUCCUCCAUCACCCCGCGCUGCUGCAGUGUUUGGUUCAGUGCACUGAGGUCACUCCGUACCUGCUGGUGCUGGAGUUCUGUCCUUUGGGAGACGUGAAGACUUACCUGAGAAGCUGCAGAUCUGCUGACGUCUCCGCUCCUGAGCCUCUGGUUCUGCAGAGAAUGGCCUGUGACAUCAGCUCAGGACUUUUACACCUGCACAAACACAACUUCACUCUCAGUGACCUGGCUCUGAGGAACUGCUUGUUGACUGGUGAUGUUUCUGUGAAGAUUGGAGAUUAUGGUCUGGCUCACACCAAGUACAAGGACGAUUACUUUGUGACACCUGAGCAGACGUAUGUGCCGCUGCGCUGGUUAGCUCCAGAGCUCGUGGAUGAGGUGCAUGGAAAUCUGCUGGUGUCUGACCACACCCACCAGAGCAACAUCUGGUCUUUGGGGGUGACGAUCUGGGAACUGUUUGAGUUUGGAAACCAGCCGUACAGACAUUAUUCUGACCGACAGGUUCUCACCUACGCCAUCAGGGAGCAGCAGCUGCGACUUCCAAAACCUCUGCUCAAAGGACCUCUGGCUGAGCGCUGGUACGAGGUGAUGCAGUUCUGCUGGCUUCAGACUGAACAGAGACCCACCGCAGAGGAAGUCCACUUAUUGCUCACUUACCUGUGUGCCAAAGGAGCCAGUGAGGUAGAGGAAGACUUUGAGCGGCGCUGGAACUCAUUACGUCCCAAUCCCGGAUUCAACAGCCACCACGGUGCCUCUGCAAUGUCACAGAACCAUCUGCAAUCGACCGCCUCCUCGUUCCCUCUCCUGGAGCAGUUCUCAGCAGGUGAUGGCUUCCACUCAGAGUCUGGGGAUGAUGUGCUAACAGUCACUGAAACCAGUAAUGGCUUGAACUUUGAGUAUAAGUGGGAGCAGGCCAGAGCAGAGCAAGACUCCUUGAGUGGCCUCGGUCAUUGUCAGGAAGGAUUUUACCCUCUGGGGGGCGAUGUUGUAGGAGGCUGCUCUCUGCAGAGUCUCACUCAUGGAGUUUCUCAUUCUUACUACCACACAGAACAUCUACAUGCUCCUGGUGUACUUCCUGUCCUCAGUGCCCACAGCCCCUCAGUGAGCAGUGAAUACUUCAUCCGCAUUGAGGAGCCAAUGGGUUGUACCAUUGAUCCGGACUAUACCAUGUGCACCUACAGCCCAGAGUACCAGGGUAGCAGCGGGAGCUUCCUCAGUGGGAGUGCUGACUCUGGUGAGUGCAUGGCCUGCCCGUCACAGGCUCAGAACAUGGGUGUCGGUCCUUAUUGGUCAGCUGACAUCCACAAAUCAGAUGUGUACGACUCCAAUGACUCCAGUCCUGCGAUCUCCCUGACAAUGGAGCCGCUUUUAGGACAAGUGUUGGAUAACAGCCCUCUACGAGCCUGGGAGUCCAGCCAUUACGUGUCCUAUAAGGACAGAGAUGGUGGUUACUACUACGAUCCCUCACCGUCUUUAGGAAUAGAUCACUAUCUGACUGGACGAGAGCAGUCAGGUGAUCAUCUUCAGGAAAGCUGGGGCUCAAGAAGUUUGCGUCAAGCCUUGGGUGAGCUGGAAAACCCGUUGGGUAUAACGCCCUCUGCAGGCAAUCCACCUGAACAGGCCUACAGAGAUCCAUACCUGGACACAAGUCACACCUCCAUCAUAGGAAAGAAUGUCAGUGGAGGUUACUAUGACAUGAUGGGCUCACUGAGGAAGACCAUGCCCAGUCAUACAAGACACAACAACCACUCUGUCAGUAUCAACAUGGACACAGAGGGGGUGCUCUUCAUCGGGCACAGGGACAGCGUUUCAGAAGAAGAAGAAGAAGAAGAAGAAGACAUUUUUGUGGAGAGAUAUACCUGCAACACCUGGCCUUCAAAACACCGCCACAGCAGCGCAGGUCGCAACAGACGGGCGAGUCACAGCUGCAGACCGGACACUUACGUGGAUUUCUACUACACAAUGCCGAGUACAGACAUCGAAGACUCGUGGCCAGAAGAUCAUAGCCUGGCUUUCCACUCUCUACCCAAACCUAUCAACUAUCCUGAGACCCACCAGGCCAAAGACAACAGUGCCUGCCUCAGCCUGAGCAAACACCACGCAGCGGUGCCUUUAGACAAGUGCAACACCUACAUCUACCUGUGCCACGAGGGGGAGGCUCCGGCACCAGUGUCCGGAGAGCUCUGCCACUCAUGCUUUGUUGAGCCACUGUCCGGCUUGUUAGUCAGCGACAACAGCUACAGUCAUAACUAUAUUCACAGCAACUACAUCGCAGAGAAGUUCGUCGACACCCACUGCAGUGAGGAGAUGAUCAACCUCUCGCCGGCUCCGGGAGGUCCUAAUGUGACCAGAACCUCCACGACAAAGAACGAGGAGAGUGGAGAGCUUUAUAUCGACCUCGCACGAGAGGAAACCUCUCUCAAAAAGAAGAGGGAGAAAAAUCUUAUCAUGCAAAAAAGACCAGAGCAUAAAAUACAAGAGGUGACACUGACUCAGCUCAUAGCGCCUCCUGCUGACAACAUGCACGUAAUGGUGGUUCUCGCCGAUGCGGAGUCAGAGGAGAGUCACGCUGGAGACAGUGGUGUCGGCCGAGGUAGCUCCAGUGUUUGUGUUGCUGAUAUCCUUGACUGCAGUGACGAUGACAUCACAGAUGAUGUCACUGAUGUUACCUCAGGAAUCUUUGUUGACGACUGCAGUGAGCUGAACAUGUCUCCUGCCCUGAAGACAUUACAGAAGCAGGUGGGAACUCCUGACUCCAUGGACUCAGUGGAUCUACCACCUGCAACUAGACCUUGUGAAGAGUUUAGCCCCGCCUCCUGUCAUCCUUCCAGCUCACCUAAAGCUAUGGAUAGUGGCUAUGACACUGAAAACAAUGAAAGUCCUGAGUUUGUGCCUAAAGAGUCUCAUGAAUCCCGCGAACAAGGUGUGGAAAAGCUCACCCUUGAUACAAGCCCGGAGGAAGAAGAGGUCCUGGAGGAGGAAGUGGAGGCCAAAGUCAUGCUCGCAGAAGAUGAACCAUCACUGGAUCAAGACUUGAACUCAGAAACCUCCCACAGUGGUGAGCACAUGUUUUUACCUCUCAGCGAUGAGACUCCACACCGAGACUCUGCUUACUUCUCAGACUACGAGAAUGAGAGGCAGGCGAGGGAUGAACAGGAAGAACAAUCAGAGAGAAGGAGCGAUGAAGAUGAGGAAUCUAAAGACACUGCAGCAGAGACAGAGAUGGAGGAAUAUGUGACAGAAGAGUACGACCAUAAUGAAGAGCUGCUUCUGCCUCUGGAUUCUUCUGGUGCAGCCUCACUGGCAGAGGGGACACUGGACGAAUGGCCGUCCCAGGAGGAGAGCUCGUCUCUGGGGGACUGGGCAGCUGAGGUGGUGGGAGCCAUGGAGGAAGCGCUUGGAGCUUUGCAUGGAGAUUGUUCUCACAAGGACGAAGAGGAAGAAGAAGAGGAGUUCAAGACAACCUCCAGUGAAACCUCAGAAACAACAGAAGAGCCAGUGAUCAAGACAAUCCAAAACAGAACAUCAGGUGAAUUCAUGCACUUUUUACCAAAAGAUGAGGUGGCGCUGCAGCACACGGCAAACGCCAGGCGUUUUUCUUCUUCUUCUCCUCCGCCUCCAUCCAUGCCUCCUCUGCUCAAGGCAACAGGAAGCCAAGGAACUCCAGCCGAUGGGGAGGACGCAGACGAGGAGGACGGUGACACCGACGACAGCGAAGAGUCCGAUGACGAGCUGCAACCGUGCGGUGGCGAGGAGAGCGAGGACGAGUGUCAGCUGGUUCCCAUCGUGGUGAGCGACAACAGCGAUGCCUACAAACUGCGAAGUCUCCUCAAGACGAUCACAGCGGAGAAGAUGGAGGAGGAGCCGGAACGCAGGAGGAAGACGGUGUCCUUCUUUGAUGAUGUCACAGUUUACCUCUUUGAUCAAGAGAGUCCGACGAAGGAGCUGUCAGGGCUCAGCCUUCCUGUAGCAGCAGAAGGUCAGAAGGUCAGAGGUCAGAACGCCUCCGACGACUCUGAUGGAAACAUUUCUGAAGAGAGUGCAGCUUAUGAGUGGGACGACGACGACUUCCCCCUCUUUCCUCUACCGACGUCCUCGGUGACAUCACAGUCCCCGCCCAUUCUUGCCCAUAGCUCCACCCCCAAAGCUCCGGCAGCCAGAGCUCAGUUGUCGAGAUUCACCAUCACUCACAUCUCAGACUCUGACUCAGCAGGAGGAAGCGGCGAAGAGUAAAGGGACAUUUACCACUUUUUCAGAAAACAGCAUGAGACACGAAGACAGUGAGGACACUGUUUUUCCAGAUUAUUAAAAUAAACGUCAUGUUCGUCAGAAAUAAUCCAGAGGACGAGAGCGAGUGAGAAAAUGACGACACUUUUUAAGAGUUUUUUAAAAACACUCAAUCACAUGAUUUUUCAGAAGGAACGCGACAGAUGUGAAUGUUUAUGUUUAACAUAAAUACAGCAGCAAGUGAUAGAUUAAGAUUAACGUGGUUUAACAUCUUUUACCAAUAUAGCCAUGCAUGAUUUAAGAAAUAAAUCACACACACACACACACACACACAAGCUCAGGAAUCCUGAAAAUUCACAUCCAAACAAAACCACCAGGAGGCGCACCAGCUCUCAUUACAGCCCGCCUGAGGUAGGCUCCGCCCACAGCGACAUGACUUUUUUGUAGUCAGUUGUGGUUACCAAAGCUGUAAUUGUGACCUUUGACCUUUCUGCUAAAGAAAUGUGUACGUGCAGCUGCUCAGUGGAACAGCAGGAGGCACUCUCUAUUAGAAUUAGGACUUUUUCUUUUUUAAUCUCAGAAUUUUGACUUUAAUCUCAGAAUUCUCUUUAAUCUCAGACUCCUGACUUUAAUCUCAGAAUUCGGAAUUUAAUCUCAGAAUUUUGACUUUAAUCUUAGAAUUCUGACUUUUUCUUUAAUCUCAGAAUUCAUUCUGUUUUAUUUUUAUCUUUCUCUGAACUGCUCUGUGAUUGGUCAAAUUCUCUGUGAACACAAUCAGCAGCAGAAGUUUUAGUUCUAUGAUUCACAUUAUUGUUUAAAUUAUUCACAUUAUUUUUAUGUUGAUGUUUAAAUUAUUCAUGUUAUUAUUUAUAUUAUUCACAUUAUUAUUUAUAUUAUUAUUUAAAUUAUUCAAAUUAUUAUUUCUGUAAUGAUGAUGAAUUGCCUACCCCGUCUUUAAUCUCCUCAGUGAAAACACAAAAUAAAUAUUCAUCCACACAA